AUGAUCAGCAAGUGCGUACUGAUUUUGGGCUGUUGUUGUUUUAUCGCUGCAACUACCGCCAGCAUCAUCUUCUACGAUGAAGAUCCCAGCAAUGAUUUUAAUAUUGCAGAAGAUCAUCAGCUAGUUGAUCAACCACACUUGGUUUUGGUGCGUCAAGUGCGUUCACAGGAGGGAGGUCACGGGCGCGUGAAAAUACACUAUGAGGACACUCCACAACGCGGCAGACAAGGUUCCGUCGAGUAUGAUCAUAAUAUAUAUACUGGUGGUAAUAGACGCUAUAAGGUAGAUGCCUAUGCUCGUGGUACCAGAAAUUACGAUGCUAACCGGAAUGAUGUUAGCGGUGGUAUUCAAGGAUCUUUUCGGUUUUGA